AGGUAAGCCGGUUCAUUGACCGGUCCAGGUUAAAAAUUACUGAUAUUUUCUAUCCCUCCUCCCAGGUGGCCAACCAAUAGGACCGUUCCACGUGUCUCCGUCAUUCAUCACUUUCUUCGGGAGAUAAGAGAGAGAGAGAGGCAGAGAGAAGAAACCUCCCAAUCCCUGCGGCGCCGUCGAUUGCAUGGAAACAUCUCUUCGGUUCCACCACGAACACCGCCUUCCGACCCCAACAGUCCACGCGCCGCCGCGAUCAAUCAACCGCCGACCGCUACCCCAAGGACAUGUUGAUCGCGCCAUGGUGAGAGCCGAUCUGAACAUGAGACGAGCAUGCGCUCAUCUGCGCUUCGCCAUCUGCAACCGCAGGUCCCGAGAUGGAAGGUCGAUUUUCGCCUGCCACACGCCGACCAGUAGCGAUCGGUCGCUACGUUCCACGACGGAAGCGAGCGCGAAUAAAGCAGUAAAGAGGGAGGAGGUGGAGGACGAGAAGAGGUCGGCACCUCCGCCGCCGCCGGAGAUGCCCUCGCCAGGAGAUUGUUGCGGCAGCGGGUGCGUGAGGUGCGUGUGGGACGUGUAUUACGAGGAGCUCGAGGCUUACAACCAUAGCCUGCGCAAAGAUGAAGGAUCUGGUUCCAAUUCCAACCCGUCUUGACAUUUGAUGUGGGGAUUCGUCUCAAUGGGAUUCAUGGGUUGACUCAAUUGAUUUGGGGCUUUUCGGGUGUUGCUGUUACCGGAGAUUCUUUCGUUGU